AUGGCGUCAUCUAAAGAUUUAUUGUUGGGUAGUACUAACAAGCGGAGGAAAGUUAUGAAGAAAACGGAGAUGGAUUAUGAGCCUCUCAAUAAAUGGUGGGAACGCCCCCCGAAGGAAGAACUUGGUGUACAAUGGGAAUAUCUUGAACACCAAGGUGUGAUGUUUGCCCCUCCAUACAAAGUUCAUAAUAAGCCAUUGAUAUAUAAUGGUGAGCGGAUUCAACUUCCUCCAGAAGCGGAAGAGAUCGCAAGUUAUUGGUCAGUAAUGAAAGAUACUGAAUGGGCUCAAAAGGAGAAAUUUAGUAAUAAUGUUAGAAAGGCUUUUAUGAGUUCGAUACCAGUUGGGGAUAAAUUACACAAUAAUUUAGAGUGGGAAAAGUGUAACUUUGAUGUUAUCAAGCAAUAUUUUGAGGAUGAGAAAGAAGCAAAAAAAAAUUUAUCAAAAGAGGAGAAAGAACUUCAAAAAAAAUACAGGGGCGACCAAGAGUCACUAUUUGUAUACGCUCUUGUUGAUUGGAUUAAAGAAAAAGUCGGAAAUUUUAGGAUUGAGCCACCCGGUCUUUUUAAAGGCAGGGGGGAACAUCCAAAGUCUGGCAUGUUAAAAAGACGAAUUUUUCCUGAAGAUGUGACAUUAAAUAUUGCGGAAGACGCACCUGUUCCAAAAGUACCUAAUAGUAUGAAAGGGCACGCUUGGAAGGACAUAUUUCAUGACAAUACAGUUACUUGGCUUGCAUACUAUAGGGACUCUAUAAAUAAUCAAUUUAAAUAUAUUUUCCUUUCCGCUUCAAGUGGGUUUAAAGGAAUGAGUGAUUAUAAUAAAUACGAAAAGGCAAGGAAACUAAAGGAUUAUAUUGACGCAAUACGUGAUGAUUAUCGGAAAAAAAUGAUAAGUGGAGAUAUUACUCAAAGGCAGCUUGGCACAGCAACAUAUUUAAUUGACUUUUUGGCUUUGAGAGUUGGAGGAGAAAAGGACACGGACGAGGAAGCUGAUACUGUUGGCUGUUGUUCACUAAGAGUAGAACAUAUUACAUUUAAUAAACAAGAAAAAUCGAUUACCUUGGAUUUUUUGGGUAAAGAUUCAAUUAGAUAUUAUAAUACUGUCGUUAUUGACCCGGCAGCGUUCAAUAAUUUAACAAUUUUCUGUAAAAACAAAGAUAAAAUGGAAAAUGUCUUUGACCAGAUUAAUAUGAGUUCUCUCAAUCAAUACCUGAAAUCCAUUAUGCCAGAACUUUCUGCUAAAGUGUUUAGAACAUUCAACGCAUCAAUUACGUUGGAACGUGAGCUUUCAAAAAUUUCAGCAAAACCAACCAUGAAAAGUGAAAAAAAAACCAAAAUGGAGCUUGAAGGAUGUUCGAAAGAAGAAAUUAAAAUUUCUAAUUUUAAUAACGAAGUAGAUAUUACCAAUGUUAACGAUAUUUUAAGAUUUUACAAUGAUGCUAAUAGAGAAGUUGCAAUAUUAUGUAACCAUCAGAGAUCAGUUCCUAAACAACACGAAUCCUCUAUGGAAAAAAUGGUUAAGCAGCAACAGGAAUUAGAAGAGGAUUUAAAAAUCUGUGAAACAUUUUUAAAGAUUUUGAAAAAAAAUAAAUCUGUUACAAUGAAUGAAUUGCCAAAACUUUCUAUUGAAACUUCUUUUAAUGGAAAACAAAGAAAAUAUCCAAUAAACUUGAACUCAAGUCCAGAUGUUGUGCAAAAGAAAAUAGACUCUAUUAAGAGCAAGAUUUCGAACUUGUACUUAAAAAUCAAAAUCAAAGAUGACAAUAAGACUGUAGCAUUAAAUACAUCAAAAAUUAACUAUAUGGAUCCCAGAAUCUCAGUUGCAUUUUGUAAGAAAUACGAUUUACCCAUUGACAAGAUAUUUAAUCGAAGUUUAAGAACAAAGUUCCCUUGGGCAAUGUAUACACGAUCUGAUUUUUCAUUUUGA